UAAACUUUUGUAAACAAUAUUGAAAAUUAAAAAUUAAAAUUGAAUUGAAUUGAUUGGUAUUAAUGGAAAGAUAAUUAUAAAAGAAAUAUUUAAAAGCGAUGUCUUUCUUAGAAGAUACGUUAAUAAUUUUAGGAUCUCAGGUAGUAUUCUUCGUUGGAGGGUGGAUUUUCUUCGUAAAACAACUGUUCCGUGAUUAUGAAGUACAUCAUACACUUGUACAGCUUAUAUUCUCUGUUACGUUCGCCCUUAGCUGUACUAUGUUCGAGCUGAUCAUAUUCGAAAUCAUUGGCUAUUUAGAUACAAGUUCCCGUUACUUCCAUUGGAAUUUAGGCUUAUAUUCACUGCUGUUUAUGGUGAUAGCCCUCAUACCCUUCUACAUAGCUUUUUUCUGCAUAAGCAACAUUAGAUUUGUGUCACAUAACUCAAUUAGGCCUCUCACCGUGUUUGUAUGGUUCAUAUACUUGUAUUUCUUUUGGAAAAUCGGUGAUCCAUUCCCAAUACUGAGUCCUAAAAAGGGCAUACUCUCAAUAGAGCAAGGAGUUUCAAGGAUUGGUGUCAUCGGUGUGACCGUCAUGGCUCUUCUGUCAGGUUUUGGUGCUGUCAACUAUCCUUACACCUCAAUGGCUAUAUUUAUAAGACCAGUAACCCAAUCUGAUGUACUAUCAAUAGAAAAGAAACUGCUCCAAACAAUGGACAUGAUAUUGGUUAAGAAGAAGAGGAUAGCUUUAGCCGAAGCGAACAGCGUUGGAGGGAGACAGUAUAAUAUGUUGGACCAAUCUGGAACGAAAAAUAGAGGUUUCUGGACAAACAUUCUGUCCAGCGUUGGAAGUAUUGCGAAUCCCUUAGGUCAUGGAACGGAAAAUAUAAGUCAAUUGAGGCAAGAGAUAUCCGGCUUAGAGGAGCUGAGCCGUCAAUUGUUCUUAGAAGCGCACGACGCCAGAACGAUGAGAGAAAAAAUCGAAUGGUCGAAGACUUUUCAAGGGAAAUAUUUCAAUUUCUUAGGUUAUUUCUUCUCUUUGUAUUGUAUAUGGAAGAUAUUUAUUUCCACCGUGAACAUAGUAUUUGACAGAGUCGGUAAAAAGGAUCCGGUCACAAAAGGCCUAGAGAUAGUCGUCCACUGGCUCGGUUGGAACAUAGAUGUCGCUUUUUGGUCUCAGCACGUGUCUUUCAUACUCGUCGGCUGUAUAGUGCUCACCAGCAUCAGAGGCUUGCUGCUGACGUUGACGAAGUUCUUCUACAAGAUCUCAUCAUCGAAAUCAUCGAAUAUAAUCGUUUUAAUACUGGCCCAGAUAAUGGGAAUGUAUUUCUGUUCGUCAGUGCUGCUGAUGAGAAUGAACAUGCCCCCCGAAUACCGAAUCAUAAUAACUCAAGUCCUCGGCGAAUUACAGUUCAACUUCUAUCACAGAUGGUUCGACGUAAUAUUUUUAGUUAGCGCACUGACCAGUAUAUUUACACUGUAUUUAGCUCACAAACAGCCGUCGGUCAAUUAAUAAAGAAUUUUGUCGUUUUUGUCUUUUAUUUUGAUAUAAAAUUAAUUGUUGAAGGUUGUGUAGGUGUGUCACGAGAAAAAUCGUGUUUGAAAACAUAGGUAGGGAUGUUGAAAAUAUGUUGUCAUUACUUUGUAUCUGAUCUAUUGCGUUAUCUAAAAUGUCUCUGUAGCGUGAGUGAGGUGUUGUUUUAGGAAUAUCUACCUCUUAACUGUUUAUUUAUGGUUCACUAUUUAAACCCUGAAAGCGAUCUACAAAUUGACGUUGGUAUGUAAUGAGUAAUUUAUAAAUUUAAUUAAUGAAGUUAAAAUCGUACGACCUUGUUGUCUUUCAUAUUAAAAUAUAGCAUUAGACUGCCUGUCCACCGGAGCGGCGUGGAGCGAGAAAGUAAUGCGGAGCGGAGUUUAGUACCUACGCGACGAGUCAGAUCUUUUUUUUUAUUGCUUAGAUGACGUAGGGUGGACGAGCUCACA